GUUUUCAUGGGAUAUUCCCUGUGAAUUUCAUGCUACAUGGGGACAUUGUGAUUAAAACCUCUUCUGUGGAUUACUCUGCUGCUGUGAAAUUUUACAAGGAUCUAUCUGCAAUGUCAGUAAUCCCCUGGAUUAUAUUGUUUCUUUAGAGGUUAUGCUGUGAAAAAUCAAAACCUCCAUUCUAUUGGGAUUUAAAUUCCAUUCAUUGCAGAGGUUUAAAACAUGUUACUAUUUUUCAAGUUUUCUGGAUCGAUCACGUGCCUGUAGCAUUUAAAAGGAGAAAAGGGCGAUCUCCGUGAUACGAAAGGUGCAGUAUGGACUUUGCAUGUUUGUCCAUAACCUGGCAUAUCUUGUUUUAUCAGUCAGCCAAGCAUGAUUAUGCCCUGUUGACUCGUUGGCUGCACAGACAAAACAGUGUGAAGCGCAGAGACUGGCUGUUUCUCAAAGGGAACCAAAACAGGUGGUUUUUAAAGAGAUCUGACUGAUGGAGCUCUUCUCUGGAGAUACAGAGGAAGGCACAGAGGAGAUCACAGGACGUAAAAACUCCAAAAUGAAGUCUCUGAAAACUCGUCUCUUCAGGAGGAGUAAAAAAUCGGGUGCAGAGGCAAAUCCCAAACUCAGCCAGUCAGCUGGCAAUGUCGCCAUUGGAAAAGAAAUGGGAUCAGAUGAAGACUUGGUUAACUCCUCUGGGAUGAUGGGAUCCCGAGCGUUGUCCCAUGACAGCAUCUUUCUGGAUGAUCAGACCCUGACAGAUUCUGAACCAGCCAGAGUUUUAUCUCAAGAGAACGUUCACAGUAAAAUCAGAAGUCUUCAGACAAAACUUCAGCUGCAGAAAAUGCAUUUUGGACCUCCACCUUUGGUUCUGCCCAUCAAAAGUCCAGAAGAACCCACGAGUCAAUCAGAGGAAUUUCUUUUCUUCAGCUCUAACGACGCUCCAGGGGAGAGAACACACACAAAGCCAACUUCUCCUGUAGUUUCACCCGUCCCCAAAUCUGCACCAACCAAACCAUCACCCCUGAAUGCAUUCAGUCCUUUUCCAGUUCCAACUAGUUCCUCCACAGCAACCAUCGAGCCCCCGCUGGACUUCAGCGCUCCGGCUGAAUUCACUUCCUCUUUAGAUACUUCUGCUGCACGCCACCGGCUCUCCAUUAAACCCAGAAACCAGAGGGCCAGCACUAAGAAGAAAAGCACAACUGUGACUCAACAUGGGUCCAGCUUAAACAACCUGAAACCAGCGGAGAACCUUGAGUUUGUGGAAGAAAAAGAGCAGCAGUGUGUUGCACAAGAGAGAGAGGCAGAAGAGAAAGAAAAUGUUGAUAUUUCUCGGCGUCUUACAGUAAAAUCUUCUGAGGUGUCGGCAGUAACAUCAAAGGAAGCACCCAGAUCGUCCAGCCAAAGUUCUUCCCACCAGGUUCAUGAAACGGUAGCCCCCCAGGUCCUUCGGGUCAAGCCUCACAGGCGUGUGGACUCACUGACUGCUAAACGACCACACUCCUCCUUCAUCGAGUCAGAAAUCAGAGAAAAGAAAGAAAGUUUAGAAACACAAGUGCUGUCUGAAGGCAAGACCAAAGUCCUUCCCGAGCAGCUCAGCUCCGUGUUCACAUCCAGGUCUUCUUCUGCUCCAGGUGAGGAGGACAACAGAAGACAGCUACAAAGACCACCCCCAGGAUCUGGCUCUUUCCAUUUGUCCAUCCGUACUGUCAAAAACCAGGAUGGAGAAAGACCCCGAUCAGGCAGUUUCGGAGGAAGGUUGGAACAGACUGAAGCCAAGAACAAAACAGCUGGAGGAGCAGAGGAGAAGAAAGAAAAGGAGGAUUUUAAAAGCACGCAGCUGAAAGGAAGCCCUGUUGCAUUAGAAAGACUUGGACAAGAGGGAUCACCCUCCAGACGACCAGCCAGUCUAUGGGACAGAAAGACCAACCUAAAGAAGACAGAAACUGUGACAGCAGCCCUAAACGUCCCCGCAGAGCCAGCCGCUGUCCAGACCGAGGAGAUGGAAAGCAGCCAGGAGCGGGUGGAUGAUGCGGAGGAAGCAAAGGAGGAGGAUGGGAAAACACCGUUUGGCGUUAAACUACGCUCUACAUCUCUGUCGCUUAAAUUCCGUUCGGACUCCUCUUCCCCUCGACAUUCAAACACAGAGGUUUCUGAAGACCAGGAUGCCAGAAGGAAAAAUCAGGAAACAAGCAACAGCACAAAUCGAAUGCCAGAAGCACUGCCAACGAACACGACCAGCGUUCCCAGAGCAAAAGACCCAGCUCCGUCUGGAGUGGCUCUUUCAGUCAAGCAAAGCGCUUCGCUUCUGGAGAAUCCUCCCGCCAUUCCCACAGAAGCCCAGACAACCUCCUCACACAACAAAGAAGCAGAAACUGCUCCCCAGACAUCCUCGUCCGAGGUGUCCUGGAUGACUCUGGCGAUGGAAAAGACCAGAAGCCUCCAGCAGCUUUUCACCAGCAGAUUCCCAAAAGAAUUUCCAGGAGUGCAAACCACCGCUCGGCCACAAGCACAAGCUCAGUCUAAACCUCAAGCAGACACCAUGACUCAAGCACAAACAAUGAAGGCUCAGCAGAGUGCACACCAGCCACCAGUGGGCCCAGUGAAAGAAGAAUCUGAAAGAAGAAUUCAAGAACAGGUUGUCAAACCAUCAGAUGUGGCGAAGCAACAGAAGAUUAUAUUGAAAGAAUCGCAAAUGUCCAAACAGCCAAAUGAAGGUCAGCCUCAGCCUGCUCAGGUCCCCCAACGGACCACUCAGUCUCCUUUACGCUCGGCUUCACAAACCACAUCUCAGCUUUCACAGGGGAGCGCAUCCCAGUCUCUCACUCAGUCGUACCUUUCUUCAGCCCAACAGCAACCACCAUCCUGGCCCAGUCGAGGUUUCCAGACAGCCCUUCAGAUCAAAUCCAUGACCCCACCUCAGGCAUCAGAGAUGGGUGUCACAUCAGCUCCUGCUUUAGACUCUGCUUCGGAUAAAGAAGGCACAGUUCAUAAGGAGAGUCCAUCACUCUUUUCCCGACGAACGAUCUGGACUGGCUCGGUGGCUGAGAGGGCUGUGUUUUUAGAGAAACGGGGGGAGUGGACAACACCGCCAUCAACGACAGGGGUGGAAACGAGGAAAGCUCAAAUAGAAGUACAGACAUCAGCCGACACCCCCACCAUGAAACAUCCAGCUCUAAGCAAAGACACAAUGGCAGAAAUCAGACAAGUGGUUAAAACAGCAGAAUCAAGCCCCAUCAAAGUUCCAGAAAAGCCUCCCGAGGACAAAUGGCUGAGGAAAAACAUGGGCUCACCUUCAUCUCCAUCUUCGCUACACACCAGAGCUUUGGAGCUGCAAUCUAUGUCUGACAGCAGCCAGCCAUCCUGGAUGGAGCUGGCCAAGAGGAAGUCAAUGGCUUGGAGUGAUAAGACCAUGGACUAAGAAGGAAAACCAAGAUUAAAAUAGCAAACCUGCACACAAAUACUUAUUUUUUCCAGAUAUUCUGUUAAAUGUUGGCUGUGUGAGAGGUGUUGAUCAAGCUCUGGUAAAUUUAACAUCUGCUUUGUUUUUAUUUUAUUGUAAAGAGUUCAUGCCUCAUUAAGGGAUGAAGAAAGAAAAGAGUAUAUGGAGAGAUUUUAAUAUAAUCCAGAUUAGAAGUGUUUAUGAAUUAGCUGUAAAUUGAUGCAGCAGUUUAAUGCUGGGAAAAGUUUCUGUUUGACAAUUAAAUUUCUAAUAUUGUUUUUAGUUGUCAAUAAUGUGAAUAAUGAUUGAGUUACUCUGGGGGAAAAAACUAAAUAACUAUAUAAAACAUUAUUUAAGGUCUUUUCCAGAAAACCACAUGGGCAGAUAGAUUGCAUAAUUUGAGAUUAAAACCCGAACAACAAUCCUGUGGAUUUACAGGAAAUGUUCAGACAUUUGGCCUGUCGCUCCUCCUACUGUUCAGACUCUAUAAUGUCCAAAACAGAAUCAGAAUGUGGCUCUAGUCUACAUUCAAUCCUGCAUGUUUUAACUGUUUUCCUGCUCAAGCACAGCUCACUUAAUGGAUGAAACCCUUCAACAGCAUGCCCCUAAAUUCUGCAGAAGCCUGUUAAUCAGCCAUUAACUAACCAGGUAUACGUUGGAGCAAAUAAACAUUAAAACAUGCUUGAAAAUUGCCCCAAA